UUAGAUAACAUUAAAAUAAUGUCUCUGUUAAAGGCUGAGGCUUUUGUUGUGAUAUCUGUUUUUUGUUGUUCUUUUCUUGUGAAGGGAGAUGCAGGAAACAUGUGGGGAUAUCAAGAUGGUAUACCUCCUGCAUUGUGGCCAAGAGAAUAUAGAUCAUGUGGUGGUCGGCGUCAAUCCCCUAUCAACAUACAAACUAAUCAAGUAGUGGUGAAUCAACGAUUGGGCAGAUUUGACCUGAGCGACCUGAAUAUGAUCAACAAUAUUAUGUUGACAUUAAAAAAUAAUGGACACACAGUUGAAGUUGACGUGGAAGGAAGAAACAACUUAGUAGUUACUGGUGGAGGACUCCUUGGUCCUUAUCUUGUAAAACAGUUUCAUUUCCAUUGGGGAUCACAGGACAGUCGUGGAUCGGAGCAUGACAUGAAUGGACGAUUCUUCCCUAUGGAGAUGCAUGUUGUGACCUACUCACAGAGAUACAGAAUGUUUGAAGAAGCUGAAAAUGCAACAGGAGGCCUCGCUGUACUGUCGUUUCUAUUUGACAUUGGUCCUGAUAAUCCUGAAUUUGACGAAAUAAUUUCUCGUAUGAACGAAGUACAACACAAAGACGACCAUGUAGAAAUUCAAGCGUUUCCUUUAAGAUCCCUGUUUCCGCGUUCCACUGAUGUAUUUUAUAGAUAUUACGGUGGAAUGACAACGCCUCCAUGUUAUGAGAGUGUAAUCUGGACAAUUUUUCAGGAACAUAUUCGAAUUUCUGAAAGACAGAUAGACCAAUUCAGACAUCUAGGCGAUCGCCAUUUUCGUCGUUUCCGAGGACUGUCAGACAACUAUCGACCAACGCAGCCUUUAAAUGGAAGAUAUGUUUAUACCAAUACUCCAAUCGGUUAUCAAUAUCGAAGAGAAGGUACAUUUGGAAGACCUCUGCAACCCAUAUCUGCUCCAAACAGACAGUUUGUUAGUAUGCCACAGUUUCUUUCAUCUAAUACCAGGUUUAAUGGAAAAAGAAACAAUCUCAGGAGAACUUCACAAAUACGCCGUUAUAAUUUAAACGGGAGAUUAUUUCCAAGAAACAUUACCUUAUAUUAACUGUUUAUAUGCAUGAUGUUUACAGUAUAUAAAAGAGUCAAAGGCAAACAAAUGUGUUUAAGUUCAAAUGAUUGUAACAUGCAAUUAAUAAAUGACGAGACAGGAAACACUUGCAUGCUUAGCAGCAGAUAUCUAAACAAUGUCCUGGUUUAAACGCUAAAAUGCAUUGGUACGGUCAAAAUAAUUGUGAAAUUUAUUUCAAACAUUUUGCAUUGGAACAAUUUGUGAUUGACUGCCUUAGGCCUGACUUGGUAAACAAAGAUUGCAUAUCUAGGUUUAACGGCAAACAGAUCCCACCCACCAACUCCUCCAUCCAGUCUUGUUCGGAUUAAACAACAU